UGGUCGACUCGAUGAGCGACGAUGGAGUGGCCGUGUUGCGACAACGAUUGCAUGACGCCGGCGUCAUGAUGCGCUAUGACUACGCGUGGAAGCACAGCGAGUUCGGGUCCAAGGUGGAUAGGCUGACUGGAGUCUGCCUUCGCUUCUUGUACAUGGCAGGCACGUGGCUGAACGGCGCUUUCGACGGCGAAGCGUUGCGGGUUGCGUGCCGCUCGCUCACUCCAAGCGACAUGUUGUUCGAGGCGGUGGAAGCUGCUGCGGGUCAUAUGAACUUUCACUUCGUUCGCGAAGGAGACGAGUCCAGUUCGCCACACGUGACGUUUUGCUUCAUCGGUCCGUCCGAGAUGGGGACGCUCGACGACACAUUGGCGGCGACGUCGUUUCCGUCCUCGGGACUGUACUUCUUCCUCGUCGGCGAUUCUGCAUGUUUACCUCCACCAGAGUCGGACGAAGACGAGCGCAUUCGCGGACUCAGUGCAUUUGGACUUGGCCGCGAGCUGCAUGCAAGCAUGGGCGCCCGCGGGUUCCACGCGGCCACGCAUUUCGUGUGCGAAUUCAAGGACACAGCUCAUACCGACGCAUUGAGCGAGGUCAUGGACCAGUUCAACGUGCCGACGACCAACCUCAUGGUGCACACCGAGAAGUGGGAGGUGUACGUGCCGGAUGCCAUGCAAAGGUCGUGGGAGGUGGACGCCGCCGACGACGCGUACUGGCAACGCCACGCCAAGGGCAGCGUCUGUGAUAGUUGCCACCAACAGCAUGCCAAGCUGCUGCGCUGUGUGCGGUGCUUGGCGGCGUACUACUGCUCGCGCGAGUGCCAAAAGGCAGCGUGGAAGCUACACAAAGGAGACUGCGAGACACCGACGAAAUAACUAUGCAAGUGAACAUGGUCGGGUAGUUGUUGUUAUUGUUACGUCUGACUGCUCUGGUGUAACUGCAAUAUCUACAGCAUUAUUAUA